AUGUGUGUGAUUCACGUGUGUUCGGUUUUGUUGUUUUUGAGUGGACUUGCGCACGCGCAGACGGUCACUGUCGUACAACUAAAUCUCUCUUACGAUGAAGUAUACAGUCUGGAACUUAACAGCACAGUGGAGUACAUAGUCGAUUUUACGACGCCGAAAUUGGGGCUGAUAUGCCGCGUCUGGUAUGGGUGCGUAGCGAGGGGGGGUGAUGUUUCUCAACCGGUUCUCGUUACUACGAGGCAACGUGCUGGUGCGGAGACAUGGCAACUACCCUACGAAGUAAACCGACGCAAGCUGUUCGAGCUGGAGAGAACUUUAUGUCCUGACGACUCUGCAGCAUGGACAGAAGAACCACCCGUGGGCGACCGUCGCAGCUGGUAUUCACUUCACAUGUCGACUUUUAACUCUGGCAGUGUUAUGGUCAGCGUGCGUGUGUCUUUACCCCCCGUUUGGAGACUAGAAGGUCCCACUACUGUCACUGCGACUCAGUUUGCACCCCGAGUCCUACACUACAAAUUCGGACCAGACGAAACUAGAGUGAGGCUCAUAGUGUCGUCUAAUAGUGAAUUGUGCGCCACCCUAUCCGUCCAGAACUAUACGUGCCCAAUCGCGCAAACAAUUGAAGCCACGGAAAUAUCUACGGAACCACGUUUGACAAUGAUGCGGUCCGGUGCCAUGUCUAUCGCGCGUCAGCAAUACCCAAGUGGGUUUUACAUAGUCCUGGUAGUGAGUCCAUCUGAUGAGGAAUGUAUCGGUACUAAAGCGCCCCCACCAGCCGAAAUGCUUUGGGAGGCAUCUUUGUCUCUUGCUGAAAGCUAUCCAGCUGAGACACCAGCCAAAAUAAACACUCCAGUUCGACGCAAGGAGUUCAGGGUAUUUGUGGAGGGCGCAAUCAGCAGAACCCAGUACGUCAUAGCUGCAAUAUCAACCCUGGCUCUCUUCUUGGGGUUCUACGUGGUGUUUGGUGUUCUGGUGGUGGCGCAGCGUUGGCCCCGUUUCGCUCGCUACGUUGCUCCCAAAGCGGUGCUUGCGCAGACUCCGACUGGCGAUGCUGGUGCGGAAGAAGGUAAUAGUGGUGCGGCAAAUAAUUUUUCUACCACCACACAAGGAACGCGUCGUCUCUCAACUGACACAUAUGACAGAAACGACGACAGCGACUCAGAAGAUGAAGAAACGACUAAUGUAUCUAAUACGGAACCCCGAAACAACCAAGGGCCGAUGAACAUACACCAAACUAACGGUGCAUCACCACAAGAUCCAAACCAAAUAACUAGUGAUCAAGUACAGGGCCCCUUCGGAUUACCAGCGCGUCUCCGUCUGGCGGCGCUGGCAAAACGACGCGACCGGACCCUAAGAGCUCGCUCCGACCGAUAUCUUUACAUGUUGUAUACAGUUGCUGUGUUCUACGCGUUGCCUGUCAUACAAUUUGUUAUAGCUUUUCAAGUGGUGAUGAAUGUGUCUGGGUCUUUAGAUAUUUGCUACUACAACUUCUUGUGUGCCCAUCCGGCUGGUGCACUGAGCGACUUUAACCAUGUCUUCUCCAACCUGGGAUAUUUGUUAUUGGGAGCACUCUUCAUGUUGCAAGUGCGGCGACGGCGCGCGCGCAGGCGCCGUCAACCACGAGAUGAGGAAUAUGGUAUCCCAGCACAUUAUGGGCUACUGUCAGCUUUGGGUGCUGGUAUGAUGGUAGUGGCUCUUCUCUCUGCCAGCUACCACGUAUGCCCUAAUAGACUUAACUUCCAAUUCGAUACAGCUUUCAUGUACGUGCUAGCAGUACUGAGUAUGGUGAAGAUCUACCAAGCUAGGCAUCCGGACGUGAAUGCGCGAGCGCACGCGACAUUCGGCGUUCUCGCUGUCAUUAUAGCCUUUGUGGUGUGGGGCGUACUAGGCGGCGGACCACUUUUCUGGGGCAUUUUUACAGUAAUACACGUAUUUACAUUCCUUCUACUUUCGCUUCGGAUUUACUACCUCGGGCAGUUGCGUUUUGAGAAGGAGGCUUUGGCGGCGGCAGCUAGCGAGGUGAGGCGCGACCUUCGUCCACUGUAUGGCGCUCGUCUCGUCAUUCUAGUCAUUGCUAAUGCGAUAAACUGGCUUUUCGCGAUAUAUGGGCUAGUGAGCCAAGGAAGCGAUUUUGCCUCGCAUAUUCUCCAGGUGCUACUUGGUAACACUCUCAUGUACAUGGUGUUCUACCUAGCCAUGAAAGUGGUACAGGGCGAACGCGUGCGUUGGUACGCUUGGGCGUUCUUGGUGGGCGCAGCGGUUACGUGGGUUCCAGCCCUUUACUUUUUCAUAUCUGGUAGCACUGACUGGUCUACUACGCCGGCCGCAUCUAGGCAUAAGAACCAUGAGUGCAAAGUAAUAGAGUUCUAUGACUCGCAUGACCUCUGGCAUAUGCUGUCGGCUGUGGCUCUCUACCUGUCCUUCAACACAAUGCUCACUUGGGACGAUGGACUUUCUGCGGUAAAAAGGACCGAGAUUGCAGUUUUUUGA